CAUCAUCGUCUUCCUCAGAAAAAAUUCUAAUUGUGUUGUCUUGUUUCAGAGAUGUUCUCUUCCUCCACUCUCCUCUACCCUCUUUCUCUCUUCCUCUCCCUAUCACUCCUCUUCCUCCUCUCUCCUCACAUCCUCCUCUCUUCCUCCCGCAACAACCUCCUCUCCACCGCCGAUGAACUCGACGACCUCUCCCUCUUCCACCGCGCCGCCCUCUCCUCCUCCAACACCCGCCGUCUCAUCUCCCUCUCCCACACCCCUCCUCCUCCUCCCAAAAUCGCGUUCCUCUUCCUCACAAACUCCGAUCUAACCUUCUUACCUCUCUGGGAAACCUUCUUCCAAGGCCACGAGCAUCUCUACAACGCUUACAUCCACGCGGAUCCAUCCUCCACAAUCUCCCCCCUCCUCUCCUCCUCCUCCUCAAUCAACGCCAAACUCAUCCCUUCCAAGAAAACCGCACGCGCCUCCCCGUCCCUAAUCUCAGCCGAACGGCGAUUGAUAGCACGCGCCAUCCUCGACGAUCCCAACAACCUCUACUUCGCUCUCGUCUCGCAGCACUGCGUCCCUCUCCACUCCUUCCCUUACAUCCACAACCACCUCUCCAAUUCCCACCGCAGCUUCGUCGAGAUCCUCUCCGACGAGCCUUUCCUCCCGAACCGGUACAACGCGCGUGGUUUCGACGCCCUGAUGCCUGAGAUCCCGUACCAAGACUUCCGCGUGGGGUCUCAGUUCUUCGUCCUGGCGAAACGCCACGCGCUGAUUGUGAUCCAAGAGAGGAAGCUGUGGAGGAAGUUCAGGUUGCCCUGCGUUGAUGCUGAGUCUUGCUACCCUGAAGAACAUUAUUUUCCGACCUUGUUGUCUCUUGAGGAUCCUCAAGGAUGUAGCCCGUUUACACUCACACGUGUUAACUGGACCGGUAGUGUUGAUGGCCAUCCUCACACGUACGGUGCCUCCGAGGUUUCACCUCAACUGAUUCGUAUGUUGAGGAGAUCCAACUCGAGUUUGGAUUAUUUCUUUGCGAGGAAGUUCUCGCCGGAGUCGUUGCAGCCUUUGAUGGAAAUAGCAGAUGAUGUGAUCUUCAGGGAUUGAAUCAGUCUUAAAGUAAAAUUAGGUUUUAGGAAGAAGUUUGUUGUUAGUGGGCAAAUAAAGGUGAAACUCUUGCCUGUGUGAUGAUGUUUCAAACCACCCUAUACAAGUGAGAAGGGUGUGUAUGUGUGUUUUACAAUGUCUUAGGGAAAUUUAGAUGGAAAUUGGGUGUAGAAUGAAAAAUGUAAAUAGCCCCCAAUGGAAGUAAAAGCUAUUAUGAAGUGGUUUGUUUUUAUUUUCAGCUCCUUCACACGGGAGAAAGUGUGAAUGGCAAAAAGGCAUUCCCUCUCUUUUGUUUCAGAAUUGUGUGAAUGCAAAAAUAAUCUUUUGUUA